AUGAAACCCGUCGCCCCUGGACCAGCGAUAGCCUUCCAACCUCUGAAGGAGAAAAGACGCUUUGGAGAAGCCCUCGGCGCGGAUAAAAUGCCCUCGCCCAGCUUCAACAGAGCAAGACCGAGCGCAGCGGCGACGGCGACCGCGGCGCAGACAGCCUCGAGAGGCCUUAUUACCUCUAUCUCCAACGGUGCAAAGGAAGCCACCGACCUAAGCAAAGAGGGGAAAUCCCUCACUAGGAAUAAAAUCAUAAACUAA